AUGGACUCCAGGUCCGGCGACGGGCCCGAGAUCAUCCGACCCAUCCCCCGGCGCCCCUUCAACCUCAACUUUACCAGCCCGACACCUCCCGACGACGACGAGUCGUCCUCGCCCGCUCAGCACAUCAGCGCCAAUGACCUGCGCUUUCUCGACCCACGCCACAACGGCGAGUCGGCCGACACCCUCAGCCGCGCCGCCUCUCUCAUGAACCUUACCUCGUCCACCCUGUUCGGCAUCUACUCACCCACUGCAACCGACCGCGGGGACCGCUUCUAUGACGACCGCGACGAGUCCUCGACGCCUUGGAGCGCCGGUGCCGAGACACCGGCUAAGCGCCCGGGUCUCGACGACGAAACAUAUAAGCUUAUGAGGGAACGGUCAUCAAAGGUCCAACGGGCCCCCUCGUAUUUCGACUCGGCAGUGCCGCAGACCACGGGCCCUGCCCUGUCUGGCGCCGCUGCCGUGUCCUCGCUGGUGUUCCGCGCCGCCCUGCUCUUCGCCCUCGGGAUGGGCUACGGCGUCCUAGUCACGCGGCUACCGAGCCGGCAGCAGAACCUGGCGGCCUUUGGCGUCGAGGAUAUGAUGCAGACAGGAUACGAUUGGCGGUACCUGGCAUUUUGGGGUGUGGCUGGUGUGGCGCUCGGCAGCCUGCUUCCGUGGUUCGACCGCUUCUGGGAGGAGACGUUCGGGAGGAACGAUAGGUGCAGCAAAGCUAAUUCGUCAUCAUCCCGGCCCGAGGCCGACUGGGCGCUCGUGGUCCGCGGCAUCGGCGCUUUUGUGGGCAUCGUUUUCGCCAUCCGCCGGCUGCCCUGGACGUCGACCAUGCAAGUCUCGCUGACCCUAGCCCUUGCUAACCCCUUUCUGUGGUACCUCAUCGACCGCUCCAAACCGGGCUUCCUGUUAUCCGCCGCUGUAGGUCUCACCGGCUCCGCCAUCCUCAUGGGUCUCAACCCGGACAUGAUGCCCGCGCCCACGGCUGGCCUGUCUUCCGCGUCGUUGCAGCAUUCGAGCGGCAACGGGACUGGCGGGGGCUCGCAGCCCCACGCUGCGUUGUCGGAGGGCUUCAUCAGCCAUGAGACCCUCGAGACGGGCAUCUGGAUGCUCAGCGUGCUAUUCUGCAGCUGCGUGUGUUUCGGCAACAUUGGCCGGCGCCUGGCCCUCAACCGGUCGGCAGCAGACCGCGGCCGGUGGGGCGGCGUUCGGUGA